GACCUUGUGAACUCUUGGAAAUUGGGCCCUUUUGAGAGGCUGAAGGCAGGAAGAGACUGGGGUGGGGAGUCAAUCUUCACCUCCCCGGAGAUGGGGCUGAGCCAGAUGAUAUCAUAAUGGGCCGUGCCCAUCGUAGAGAGGGAGUCAGGGUGGGGUAGGAGCAAGAAGGCUGUGAGGGAGGGAAGCUGAGAGACCCUCCACAGGAGGGGGUCACAGCAGCUAGGGGUAUCUGCCGGGCUGUCUGGGAAAGAAGGGGUGGUCACUGAUGUCUUGCAGGAGCCCUUGGUAGGUAGAACCCACCACGGCGUCCCCCAGACCCCACUAUGUUCCUCUUUUCCCAAAAGACCAAGACCCCCGUCAGCACCUACAGUGACUCCUACAGGGCCCCCACCUCCAUCAAGGAGGUCUACAAGGACCCACCUCUGUGGGCCUGGGAAGCCAACAAGUUUGUGACCCCGGGCCUGACUCAGACUGCACAGCGCCAUGUGGAUCCUGACGCCCUGCAGAAGAUGCUCAAGUGUGCUGGGCAGGACUACAGCUACAGGGGCUCCAUACCAAGCCACCCCUACUUCCCUGAGAAAUACUGGCUCUGUCCAGAGGAAGACAAAUGCAACCCAAACUACCUGUGUGGCAACCCAAACUACCUGUGCAGUAACCGGUAUAACACAUGGAGGAUGGGGCCUUACAACUGCUGGAACAAAUGUACCACAUACCUUCCCCGACUGCCUAAGGAGGCCGGGAUGGAGACAGUGGUUCGAGGAAUGCCCUUGGUGUAUCCUCCUAAGCCGGAGCGACUCAAUGCCUACGAGCGCGAGGUAGUGGUGAACAUGCUGAACUCGCUGUCACGAAACCAGCCGCUGCCGCAGAUCACGCCCCGCUGCGGGUGUGUGGACCCGCUGCCGGGCCGCCUGCCCUUUCAGGGCUAUGAGAGCACUUGCUCGGGCCGCCACUAUUGUCUGCGUGGGAUGGACUACACCGUCUCCGGGCCACCCUGCACGGAACGCCGCCUGCGGCCUUUAUGCACAGAGCUGCCUACUGUAAGGAGUGUGUCUCCCUGCGAGCACCGACCCGGAAUGCAAUGUGCUGUUAUAACUCCCCAGCCGUCGUACUACCCCUGUCCGAACCUUAGAUGGGACACAAGUCACUUCAAGAAGACUGGUGGCUCCCAGAGAAACAACUAUGUCGUCCACCCUGAGUUUGUGUCUGAGACCUAUCCUGACUACCACUGCUGGUAGAAGCCCGGGCUGGCCGGGCCAAGGGGGCUGAACGAUAAAUAAA